UGCGCUCUCCGUUUUAUACAUUUAUGUCUUUAUGACGCACGUAGGACAACGACAGCUGCGUCCUGCCGCCGAAGCCUACCGCCGUCGCCGCCGAUGACGACGACGACGACCGAGCAGCACCUGCGCCGUUAGGGCAGCUCGAACCCACGCUGUGCCGCCAAAUCUGUCGCGCCUCGAGGGACGAUCCAAGCAGCGCCCAGCAACGACAACGAGUCCGACGCGGGAUUCACUUUCGGCGGGGAAUUCCCCGCGCACGCUACACCACCAAGCAACCGACCGUCCCCCAACUCUCUCUCUCUCUUUCAUUGAAACCUCGCGUUACCGUCCGGUCACUCGAAACCACGUCUGGGAUUGCUGACUGACGUGCUAGAUCGGCUACGGCAAACCGCGUUGGCCACUGCUGUUGCUACAACGCCAUCGUCACCACCAGCAGCGAAGCCCAGCGUCCCGCAGCCAUGACACCCAUCGACAAGCAGCAGCUCCUGCGGGCCCGCGUCCGCUACCCGUCCUACCUGAACGUGCUGCUGUUCGCCGGCACCAUGGCCGCCUGCCUGGGCGUGGUCCUCUGCUCGUACCACCUGGUGUACGCCGCCGACCCCGUGGUCUGGAUCACGGGCCUCGCCUCGUUCGGCGUGGGCGUGGCCCUGGCACUGCUGGCGCUCGCGCUGCUCGCCACGUCGCUGCUGUGCAAGCGCCAGACGCUCGAGGCCUCGUGGAUGCCGCACAGCGUGUCGCCGUACGAGGAAGACUUCGGCACCGACUACUACUUCGGCGACGCCGACGACGCCGGUCGCGUGUACAGGCCCACGACGUACGUGGCGCCCAAGAUCCUCGUCUCCAACCCGCUGGCAGCGCCUGUGGCGGCCAGCAUGUACCGGCUCGUCUACGGCGGGGACGCCAAGUGAAAGACGUCGCCGUAGAGCGUAAACUUAGGCUUUUAAGUCGGGUACAACUUAAGCAGGGCAGGAGAGGCGUCCCCCGCCCGGAUGACCGAAGCGCGGCAGCCGAUUGCUUCCGCGACUAAAGAAAUAGUCCCGCUGACGCCACGUGGCCCAGCGCGGGCUGCCACGUUCUCCGUCGGUGCGGUCACCGUCCGUCCGGGGCAUGACGUUAGUCUAGAGUGCCCGCCCUUUGGUGGAGGGUCGUUAUCGUCCGCCUUUGAGGGGGCAAAUGCCGCUGCCUUCUAAAGUUGUAUCCGACUGUAUAGUUGGUUAUUCACGAUCGUCUAGAGACAGCGCGUAUAAAAUGAGGAACGCACAUGGUAGACCCAUACAUAGCGUUGACUUCCAAGUGGUUUUACCGAAGCAGGCUAAAUUCUUUAGUACUAAAAACUUGACUUGUUGGAGUUGGUACAUUCUGAAAGUAUACUCAAGCGGCGAGAUGGAACCAGCACUGAAGGCAUAAACAACAGGACUAGUUAUAGUCCUGUUAUAUGUGGUUUCUGUCCUGGUCUGAUCGCCCUACUUCAAUAUACAUUCAAAAAUUUCAUUAUAUCGGAGUGAUCGAAGUAGAUCGGCAGACUUGGUGAGCACUGUGUAAGCGGCCCUUCUAUCGUUCUUCUUGACAAAGAAAAAAAGCAUUCAUGAGCAUAGUGUGAACCUUGCUCUUUGCACUAUCUCGACUGUAAAUGUGCUCCCUCUGACCAGUAAGAACCAGUUGGAAAUCAGCGUUCUGUAUAUAUAGAUCUUCAUGCUGCGCCCUUGUUUUAUAGGCAGUUAUUACAUGAUUGUGAAAAACGCCGCUGCCUGCAAUUUUUGAACAAAGGGUGUGAUUUUGACUCCUUAAUAUAGAAGUAGCUGUUUCAUUUAAGGAGUUUAAAUUUUACUUCAUCAUUAUUUUACUCCAUUGUAAAAGAGUUCUUAUAACCCCAUGGAGCCUGCCCAAGCGGUGUAGGUGUAUACUCCCAUAGGGGAGUUGAAAAACUCACGAAAGGGAGUCAAAUGAGGGACAAGCAGUAACUUCCACAUAAAGACGUUGCCAGUACUCCAUUGUCCAUUUUAGUGUGGUAUCUGCGGUCGUUGAUGGAACGCUUUGAAUAGGGUGGGGGCAAAUAAUUUGACUCCCUCUUAGAGAGUCCCGCUAAAGGCAUUGUCAGUAUUCCCUUCGUUCUACCAAACUGCGCCUGAUGUGACGGUGCGGUUGGCGCAACAUAGAAAUUUGUGGCGCGAACGUUAUAUACAGCUUUCUUUCUUGAUCCUACGAUAUGUAACAAUAAUAUUACAGAAGCAUGCACCAAGAGAGGUACACUUAUCACACCUUUCAGAGGACAGUGCAGGGUCACUCAGUAUACAGUUCGAAAUGUGUUCUUUCUCUUGACAUGAUGCGCUACGCUCCUUCAUAUUCAAACGAUUUUAGAUACGGGCGGCGGAAAACUUGACCAAGAUUUCCAGUACCAUUGAAAUCAAGUAAUCCUUCAACUUAUCGAGAGUCCCAGCGCCGGUCUCGGUGGCACCAACACAGGCCGGGCACGAGUACCUCUUGAAGGGUGCUUUCCUAGCCCUUCUCGAGCGUCCUGCUCUCCACUAGAAAGCGUCAUUGCAUGUUUCACACGUCCGUAGGUGUGUAUAUCCACUACACUCCACGCUCCUAAUAUAGUGCUACACCAUCUGUAGUACAUACAUUGCUACUCACAGCGUUAUGGCUUAUAUAGUCGUCAUCCUCUCGGGCAUUUUAUUUCCUGUAGUCAAGAGCCGAUGUUCAUUGUAAUUUGUGCUAUGUUGCUUUCAACCGAUUAUAAAGCGCUGUGAAUUCCAUUAUUACGUAUCUCAAUGUCAUCUACCAUCACCAUGCAGUAUCGCCUGCAACGGCGAUGUCGGCAAUCUGUAAAGUGACUCCUCAUUUAUAUAUAUAUAUAUAUAUAUAUAUAUAUAUAUAUAUAUAUAAUGCUGUGUGUCAACUGCUGUUCAGUCAGCAACACUGUGUAUCAAUGCCUUCCCUAUACUGUUCCUGGCGGGAAUGCACUAGGCAAACAACGUCCGUGACAGUACCAACGUGUAUUACCAAGCUCCAGAAGUACUGAAAUUCUUGUGAGUGUGCACACAGUUCGUAGAAUACAGCUACGCCUAUUUUGAUAACCAAAACAAUAAUCGUCAUCGCUUCAGAGCCUAAUUCUGUUUAUCUUGCUUUCUUGGACUUUACGUCGUUCUUAUAAUCGUCAGCCCAGAAAGAAAAUCAGGCACACAACAAUAAAAAAAGAAAAGAAAACCUUACAGUUAGAAGAAGUAUUGCUGCAUGAACGCGCUAAAGCUGGUAUGAAAACAGCACUAGUUUAGCACAGCAGUUACGUAGGUUAUCUACCGCGGGAUCUGAGCAGAUAGUGAUUCUAGCCAGUGAAAAACCUUGCAACAUUAUGUUCCCAUAUACAAGAGCAGGUUUGGUAAUCGGAAUAGCAUAUGCUGUGAGAUAUUCAGCAUUUUGUCACUUCCCGCAGUCCAUGAACUUCUAAGGUCGACUGUAUGCAUUAGCAGAGCUGACAG